AGACGCGUGGCUGAGAGAGUUUUCCGACCUUAAAGCGCUCGCACCUCCCCGCCUGCUUUACACCGGAGAAGCAGUGCAAUCCUCGGCAGUGUUCUGAGACUGCACUUUACUACUCCGACACCUCAUCGGAAAUUAUUUUGAAUCCAGAGCAUGGACAUUUCAUCAAAAUAAAUAAAUAAACGACAACGCUGGAGUUGGAUACUGACCGUACUUUUACGCAUCAAACUUUUCUACCCAAGAGUUUUAUGAACUGCACUAUUUUAGGGUCGGGAAUUAACCAUGGCUUCUGAAAAAGACAAGAAGAGGCAUCCUUCAGAACGGAGAAAAGAGAAAUCGCGAGAUGCAGCACGCUGCAGGAGGAGUAAGGAGACGGAGGUGUUCUAUGAGCUGGCACAUCAGCUGCCACUGCCUCACAGCAUCCGCUCACACCUGGACAAAGCAUCCAUCAUGAGGCUAACCAUCAGCUUCCUGCGCACACGCAAACUGCUCACAUCAGCAUGCUUUAGCGGACAAGUGAAGGAGGAUACACAGAUGGACACUCUGUAUUUGAAGACUCUGCAAGGCUUUGUUGCUGUGGUGACAUCAGAAGGUGACAUGAUCUUCCUCUCCGAGAACAUCACUAAAUUCAUGGGUCUCACACAGGUGGAAUUAACAGGACAAAGCAUUUUUGAUUUCACACACCCCUGCGAUCAUGAGGAAAUCAGAGAAAACCUUACUGUCAAAGCAGGGCCAGCGUAUGGCAGGAGAUAUAAAGAGCUAAAAACAGAGAGAGAUUUCUUUAUGAGGAUGAAGUGCACGGUCACCAACAGAGGACGCACAGUCAACCUUAAAUCAGCUGGCUGGAAGGUGCUACACUGCACGGGGCAUUUAAAGGUAUACCCCAGCCGGCCUCCUCAUGUUUUGUGUGGGUUUGCUGAGCCCCCGCUAACUUGCCUGGUAGUGCUGUGUGAACCAAUUCCUCAUCCGUCCACUGUGGACACACCAAUCGAUGGCAAGACCUUCAUGAGUCGACACAGCAUGGAUUUGAAGUUCACCUACUGUGAUGAAAGUGUGAGAAAUUUAAUGGGCUACACGUCAGAGGACUUAGUGGGGCGCUCUGUCUAUGACUUCUACCAUGCACUGGAUGUGGACAACAUGACUAAGGGCCACCAGAACUUGUGUGCUAAGGGCCAAGUGGUGAGUGGUCACUAUCGGAUGUUGGCUAAGCACGGUGGUUAUGUAUGGUUGGAGACACAUGGCACGGUCAUCUAUAACAGUCGUAACUCUCAGCCACAAUGCAUCGUGUGCAUUAACUACGUCUUAAGCGGCAUUGAAGAGAAAUCCAUUGUGCUCUCCAUGGACCAAAUGGGGUCAUUUUUCAAACACCAAGACAUGCUGGUCACCAGUGAACUCUUCUGCCCAACCUCAGAAACAUUUACCAAACUCAAGGAAGAACCUGAAGAGAUCCCACAGCUUGUGCCAACACCGGGAGAAGCAAUCAUUGCCCUGGACUUUGGAAAUCCAGAUUUUGAAGCUUCUGCUACGUUCUAUAAAUCUCCAAGUCAUGUUUCAGUCAAUAAGCUGUGGGAAAUGGAGUCUCCACACCAUAGAUCUGACAGCAAGACGGCCAAAGCUUCAUCCAGCACAAAUUCAACCCUGAGCAACAGCAGCAGCUCCACUCCUGAUAAUGCAGCAGGAGGUUACUAUGGUGGUGAAGAGACUGAGCUGAAGGUUGAGCUUACAGAACGGCUUUUUGCCCAGGACACUGACAAUGAACAGUGGGACUUUAGUGAACUGGACCUGGAGACUUUGGCUCCUUACAUCCCCAUGGAUGGUGAGGACUUCCAGCUCAACCCCAUUGCUCAGGAUGAGUCCUUAUCCGAGGCCAGCUCAAGCCUUUGUGUUCAGCCUCUGUAUUCAUUCAGCAAUGUUACGAGUUUCUUCCAGCCUUUAGCUCCCCUCAACUCAGAACACAAGAACUGCCCAAGACCUUACCCGGAGAUACCACUUGUUCCUCCUUACCAGGCUCCUCCAAAUAUCCCGCACUCAUCCAGAGCAGCCAUGAGCCUUGAACAGAUUACACUGGAUAACAGCUUCAAGCGCAAGAGACAGGAUGAAUUUAGUUUUUCCUGCUCGUUUCCAGAUAUUCCUCAAUCUAUUAAACAGGAUGGAAUAAGUCGCAGUGAGUCAGUAGACAACAUGUGGAAGCGAAUGAAGACUGCAAACACAGAUGGGUGUGCCUUUUCUACCAGGAAAUCCCCUGAUCCCAGAGACCCCUUCUCAGCUAGGCAAGUAGGCAAACAUUCUCAACCUCUUCGUUGUCGGCCUCCUCCAGAUCCCCGGAUCUCUGGAGAGCUCAAACAGCCUUUUAUUGAGCGCUUCUGCUCUUCAGCAUACAGUCCGAACAGCAUGCCACCUUUCAGUAAACUCACAGGGAUUACAAAUCGAUUGCUAGUCCCCUCCUUUGGCCCAUACUGCCUGGCGGAGCUGACGCAGUAUGACUGUGAUGUGAACGUUCCACUGCAGGGAAAUCUUCACCUGCUGCAUGGCAACGAUUUGCUCAAAGCUUUGGACCAGUCCACGUAGACUGAAAUAUUUAAGUUAAACCCAGUCUGGGGGUCUCUGUUUAUUCAAUGCCUACUACUACAGCCAUGCCAUUAUUUAAUGGUUGCCUUUUCAGUUACAUAUAUCUACAAUGUUAGAAUAGAAUAUUCAAUAUGCAUAUCUGUUUCAGCUUCAAACUAUACAGUAAUUGUUUCUACCUUAUAAGCUGUUAAUACAGGUUAAUAAUGUGUAAUUUUACAUGCUUUUGUUUUGGUGUUGCAAUUUUUGCCCACAUUCAGACCUAUUAUUCUGAGAGUAAUUUGUUUAAGAUGGUAUAGCUGAAUAUUGGUAUGACUAGUGCAAUUUUCUCGUUUCACUUUUAGAUAUGAAACAUUAUUUUAUUAGAUGGUCUCAAGUCAGAUUUAAUGUAGUUGUUUAUGAGUAACUAAAACAUUUUUGUUUUUAAAAAAAAAAAAAUUUAAAUAUUCCACCUGCAAAAAUGUUUGGAAAUUCCAAUCAUGAAUGUGUGCUGCAAUUUAGAUCAUUUGUAAAAUACACUUUUAUUUCUUUUUUGUUUCAUUCGCUCUUUCCCAACCUACCUAAUCAACUGCGAUGCUGUAUGUUACGUAUAUCUUCUCUACAUCAUGUGAAGCACUUUAUUUAAAGAGCAUUAAUAUGGACCCUUAUUUGUUCAUUGACCAAAUACAAGAGAACGCUAUAUUAGUUUUGCAAGUGGUGCUUACUGUAGCUUUCAGUUCUUAGCAUCUCUUGACUACAUCUCACUUUAACCUGCACCAACCAUUAUCUGUCUAAUCCUUCCCACCAGCAUCAGCAACAUGAUAUUCUCAGAUAUAAACAGUUAAAAAUAUAUAUAUGCAGUGUCUGAUCAGUGCUGAUCGGUACCUUAUCUUGUGUACCCUAGUACAAACUGUAGCUUUAUUAUUUUUGCAUUCUUAAUGCCGUUUAAAGUUAAAUGUAUUUUUUUGCAGCUCAGCUAAUGUACAUACGUUCUGUUAAUACUGUGGAGUUCUUAUAUCUUUCAUUAAUUUACAUCUAAAAGGUUUUCUGUAAGUAAAGGUGAUAAACAUUUGGUGCACCAAACAGUGGCAUAUAGUAAUAAUAGUAGUUUAUUUUUAUCUGUUCUACUCAAACUAUGUAGCAGUUCGAAAGUAUUCAGGAUUCAUCAUGAAAUAUAACUGAACAUCUAUUUAACACAUAGCCUUAUAAGCUAUAUUACUGUAACUCAUGCACAUUUUAAUGAUGAUCCAUUGUACCUGGUCAGUAUUUAUUUUUCUAAUGAUCCUCAUAUUUCUGAGUGCCUUGUUUAAAUGUUGCUGAUAAUAAUGUCAUAGUAAUUGCCUUUCAUGCAAAUAUUAAUCUCCCAGAUAUAAACACUGUAACACAAAAAGUACACACCAUAGUCAUUUUCAUCAGUUGACAUUUAUUCAAUUACUGCAUAGCAUUUUCAACAUAAAAGAAUUUAUUAUCAGUUCAUUAAUUUAUUAUACUAGUGUGUCCAUAAACUGCAUAUUUGUUAUCCAUGCAAUGUAUGACUUAACUAGCUCUGCGUUUAGGACAAACAGGGUAAACCAAUUGCAAUGUUACAUAACUUCUCUGAAGGGAGAUCCACUGCUGUUUUUUUUUUUUUUUAGUCUGUAAGUCAGGAAGCCUAAAAUACUGAAAGAUUAUUCUAACUUUACAUGAUAUACUAUACAUGAUUGCCUAGAUAUCAAGAUGUUACCACCUUCUUGUUUCUUUUACUCCAUGUAAAGAAGCACUUUGUUGGGCUCUUUUUGAUAAUAAAAGAGUAGUCAAUAAA